AUGUGCAAAACAACCCACACCCACUUCACCUGCCGGUGCACACAUCUCAUCGUACAUUCCUGCGCUUUGGACUUUCCGCUCGGUCGUCUCGUCUGUCCGCCGCCUCAUCUCGUUAAGAAAGAUAUAUAUGUGUAUGCAGACUGUGAUGAUUGUCUUGUCGCAUUUAGCAUCCGAGAAGAGAGGGCUGCGAAGAAGGCGAGUGAGAGGUGGAUGAGUAUGAUUGGGGAGGUCAUGGGUGAGGUGAUGGGUGGGGAGGAGGGGGAUGCUGAUGGUGUGGAUGGGGUGGAUAUAGAUAUAAGUGAGGAGGAUAGGGAGGAAAUUAGAGACGGGGAUAUGGUGGAGAUUGCGGAGGGGGUGGAGAUUCAGAGGGGGGUUGGAUGUGGGGGAAUUGAGGAAGGGGAAUGGGAGGGAGAAGUGUUUGAUAUGGAGAUGGAACUCGAGCGAGAUUUGAGAGUUUUGGUAGGGAAAUAUGAAGCCGAAGCUGACAACGAAACCGAGGAUUCGCAGUUGGAAACCGCACAAUUAGAUAUUCAAAACGAGAUCGACCAGGCCGAUGACGACACUGGCGAAAACGACGAUAUUGCGGCAGCAGCACAACUAUUAGCGGCACUGGGCCAAGUCGAAAACUCAGAGAUGAUCACUGAGGGUGAGGGUGAGGGUGAAGAUGUGGAGGAUAAGGAUGAGGAUGAAGAUAGGGAGUUUUCGGAGCAUGUACAGACGAUUAUGAAGAAUUUGAGAAAACUUCGUCGGGAGAGGAGAGAUAUGCAUGUGAAGAUUGGAGCUACGGAUAUUGAGCGGCAAGAAGAGGCGCGAUUACUGAUCAGCGAUUGUGAGGAAAGGGGAGAAAGUGCCAGUGGGCAGUGUGGAUUUGGUUUAUAG